AUUUUCAUAACAUAUGGUUAACGAAAAGGUUAGAUUAACUAAAAAAGUUGUUCUUGAAAGUUAACUAAAACACUUUUAUAAGCUUAUAGUCAAAUAAACUAAAGGUUAUAUGUACAUCAGUUGAGUUGGCAUCAAGUUAACAUGGUUAAGUCCUAAUUAAAUGUCGUGAAACAAUAACUUUCUUGGUAUUUUUUAACCUUUAGGUAACCAUACAUUGUGAAAAUGAACCUUAUAAAGAAAACGGAAUGGAAAGUUUUUGCACGAUGGUUCCCUAAAUUUAAAACACGCUUUUGUAAACGUGGUAGAACAGUGAGACAGAAAAGUCUCGUUGUACAAAGGGUACUACCUAUUGUAUCUGCGCCAAAUAUGCCAUCAGAAAAUUUGACAACUGAUACUAAUAAGAUCGCUAGUGGAUCUUCAUUAUGUCAAAUGCAAACUGAUAAAACAACGGUAAAUGCAAAUCAAGAGGUUCAUGACAAAACUUUCUUAGACGCUUUAGGAACAAGUGGAGAUGCAAAGAAUUCCAAUUCAAUUAUUACUAGUGCUACUCAAAUUCUUAAAGAAGGUGAACAUCAAUGGUUAAAUAGCGAGGUUGCAGAUUUUUCAUUAAGCAGUUUCUUAGGGCAGCUUGAAUCGCCUAUGAAAGGCUCGCAAAGAAGUCAAACGGGUGAACAGAUUAUGGAAGAUACUCGUCCUUCUUCAGAUGUUGUGUCGCAUAUGCAAUGCCUCAUGGGAGAAAACAGUGUUGACUACAUGGCAAAAUUUGCAAAUCUUGCAUCACAAAUGGCUUCCGAUGAAAAUAAAAAAUAAGUAAAUUAAGAAAGUGUAUCUUUUAAUAAGAUAAAUAAUUUGUAUAUUUCAGUAUUUAUAAUUACACACAUGAAAGAUCGACUCUUCUUCGUUUUUCUAAUUAUAACUGGAAAUGCGCAUUUAUCUGUAUUGCAUUUUUAUAAAGAUACAACAUUGAAUGGACUGAAAUUCAUGAUAUAAUCUUGGUAUAAGAGGAUGAUUCUAUAGCUUAAAAGCCUUAAAAUAAAUCGAAUAGAAUAAAUUUUUUUUUAGUAAGACCUCAUUUGAAAAAAAACUUCGAAAGUUAAUCGAGUGGAUCUGCAUUUGAAAAAUUGAAAGAAUACAAUACAUUAGAAACAAUUCAUUCGAAUUUAAUUCAAAAUAUAAUUUUUAUACAAAAAUGAUAACAUUUUCAAUAAUACCUCAAUUAAAUAAGAAACGAAUGUGUAAGACAAAAUAUUUUUCGUCUUACAUAAAUUUACUCGUCUUUCUCAAAAGUCGGUUGAACUAAUUACUCCUAAUAGUAAACAAUCCAUACAUCAUAUCUGUAAAAACCAUUAUGUCAAAUAUAAAUACGCAUAUUUGAUUUUUAAAUCUUUUCUCAAAAAUGAGGCCUUUAUUUGAAAAAAAAUGUAUUCCGUCAUUUUGACUUAGUUGUAAAAUCAUCUUUCUAGUUGUAUUUCUGUAUUUUGAUUUCUGUGAUAAUAUGAUAAAUUAUCAAAUUUGAAUUUGAACUACAUAUAGUGCAAUAUUGUAAAUACGCAAAAAGAUAGAUAAAUGAAUAGUAUAAUACCACUGCUUCCAUUAUUGUUAUAUUUCAUAUUAGUUCCUUUUCGUGAAAAAAAACUGCAUUAUCGCCGUGCUAGCAAUAAAAGUUGUCAAUCACGCAUCAUUAAUUAUAAAAUAAGUAGCUUGUAAUAAUUAUUUAAUAUCAAUAUUUUAUAUCAAUUUUGUUAUUGGUAUUACCUUUAGAUAUUAAUAAUUAUUGAGGAAAAAACUGACAACGAUGAUGAUUAUAUCAUAGAACAUGUACACAUAAUAAAAGCAUAAAUUUUGGCAUGCUAAA